ACUAAAUAAUUUACUGUAGAAGAGGGGGUUCUCAUUUGAAAAACAAGAGUUUUAUACAAUGAACUCCUUAAGUAAUAUAAACAAAUUUAAAAACUAAAAAAAUAUAGUUUUUAAGCGUGUAUAUUAAAAACCUCCAAAUAUCAGCUUUUUAAUAUCUGUAUUAUUAAAGAAAAAUAAGAGGUGAGCACUGAGCAUGCUUGAUGAAUCAUUCUGUAUAUAACAUAUACAUAUAUAGGUACAAUAGAAAAUGAAUACAUCUGAUAUCAUAGGUAUUAAUUAUUAUUAUAUUUGUAAAAUUAUUAUAACUACCCUAGUACAUACAAACAAAAUUUAUAUACACGCAAUGUAAUAAGGAGAAUUAAAAAAUACACUUACAUGUUUAAUACUUAAAAAAUAAUCUCGACGACCGUUAAUAACCUAGAGACAGCAUUUCAAACUAUACACCGGCACACUAAAUUAACGUUUUUGCCCUUGAACAUUGAUGAGUUCCUAUAAAAAAAUUAACUAACGUAACGAUUUCCGAUUUAUGCCUAAUAUUUUUAAUAAAAUGGCUGGAUUAAUAGAUUCUUAGAGCAUAAUGCACAUUGUAUAUAAAUCUCAUAUUCGGAUGUGAAUUGUCUACUUCUGUAUAACUUAAAUAUUAAACAUGUUCUUCUCAUACAAGUACAUAAUAUCAACAUUUAUUUAGAUAUUUUUUUUUUGUUUUCAUAUAAUAAUAAUUUAAAUUAUUUUUAUUUUCAUCAUGCUUCAUUUAUUAAAUAUAUUUUGUAAACUUUUUUUAAUAUUUACUUUGCUAAUAGAUCACACGAAAUGCAAUGUUGCGCCAUUAAAUACUGAAGAGUCUGUGAACCAAUCGGGUUAUCCACUAGAAAAAUACAAGCUUCAAACUCUGGAUAAGUUUAUAUUAGGCUUGGAGCGAAUACCUUUUAGUAAAAACGGUGACCGGACUAUUGGCAAGCCAAUUUUGUUAAUGCAUGGUUUAUUCCUGAGUUCCUACGUAUUCACAAAUACGAAUAAAUCGUUGAGCUAUUCGCUAUCGGAGGCCGGAUACGACGUAUGGUUGUUCAAUGCUAGAGGAACGGGUUUGUCCAGAACAUACAGUAUUUACUCAAAGGCGGGAACGGCACCGAGAAUGAACAAAAUGUCAUGGGACUUUAGUUUCCACGAAAUGGGCAUAUAUGACUUUCCAACCGCCGUUGACUUUGUCCUGAACAAAACCGGACGCCCCAAAUUAGACGUCAUUGGCUACUCGUUGGGUGCGACCAUUGCACUUGUCGGGUUGUCGGAAAAGCCCGCGUACAACAACAAGGUCGACAAACUAGUGUUGAUGGCACCGACGACCAGAAUGACAUCGUACGGAUUUCCGAUCUCUGCGUUUCACCGAGGGUCCUUGUUAUUUAAAUACUCAAUGAAAGAACAGAAUUUUUUCCCGGCAGUUCAAGAUCCGGAUGCUGCACAUCGUUAUAUGAGAUGGCUAUGUACAUACACAAUUUUCUAUCCGUAUUGUUUAUUAUAUAUAGACACUGUACAAGGUUCUAGAAUUAAUUACAGUAGAGAUAUGGUGGUCAAUACUUUAACAGAUUUCCCACAACCAGUAUCUAAAAAAAUGUUAUUUCAUUGGAUGCAAUUAAUGUCAUCAAAACGAUUUUGUAAAUAUGACUAUGGUGUGGGUGGAAAUAUGCAAUAUUACAAGAUAAAAUCACCACCAGAUUAUAAUUUGUCCAAAGUCACUACUGCAGUUUACAUUUUACAUUCAAAAAAUGAUAAUUUAUCUGCUAUAAAGGACGUUAAUUGGUUGGUAGACAAACUGCCGAAUGUGAAAGACGUCUACUACAUUGAUAACAUAAAGUUCGGGCAUUUGAGUUUCGUGAUGCAUGCAAACAUCGAUCGACUUAUAAAUAAUAAAAUAAAGAAUGCGCUGCUGACAAAUGCAUUCAACUAGAAUAUAAAUUCAUAAAAAAACAUUCAAAAUUAUAUUAUAUAAUUGAUAUUAAGUAUAAAUAUAUAUUAUUAUUAACUAUACUUUCACUGUAUAUACUACAUAAUAUAAUACGAUGCAAUUUUGUUAGUCUAACCUAAUCUAACUACUAUCACUAUACUUUAAUUAAUUUGCCCCAAAAUUAAUACUAUUAUUAUUAUUAUCAUUAUUGUUGAUUUUAUUACAUAAAAAAUGAUAUUGUAUACAAUGCACGAAUAUUACUUAGUUUAUAUUGAUAAUUAUUGUAUUUAUUGUUUAGAUAACUCAAAAAUGCAUUUUAAAUUUAUAUGAGAAUAUUACACGUAAGAUAUAACAAUAUUAUAGUAAUGCAUAUUCAUAUAAAUAUUUUGUGAU